AUGGUUGAAAAUAGGAGGAACCAUUUACCUCUUUUAUUGGCUUUGCUGGAUCCUACGCAUCAACGGUACUUUUACACUAAUCAAUCAACUGCAUCAUUAAUAAGCAUUAGAUGUGCAAUUGACGAGCUUUCUAAAGUUGGUGAGAUUCCAGAAGUGCCCGAAUUUUUUCCAGAAUCUGGUUUAAACAGACUGUUGUCACGGGUCACUGCUACGAUGCGGUGGUGUGGUCCCACAAU